AUCGUCUUUGUUUGGACAGCGGUCAUAGCGUAAUGUCGGAUACCGUCGGAGCAGAGUACACGUAUAAUUUAAAACUAUAGCAUGGCGACCCCAUAAUGCCAGCAAGAGUGUACGUAACGCGUAUUCGAUAGAAUUUGGCAGAAUUGCGCAAAUUGACUUGGUAGUGUGUCCGUAUUUCAUCGCACAAAAACCAAAUUCAGCUAUGGGGUUCAGGCCAAUCAUCAAGCUAUUUCUGACUUUGUUGGUUCUUGGGCUUUCUGUCUUGUUAGCACUCUGGUACAUUACAAGUGUGUACGGAUCGACGCCUCGAACUGGCCGUGUUUCGAUUUGGGACGAUCCCCCUCGCAGUCGAAUUAAGACAGACGAUAGUGCAUCUUCUACUACUGGUGGUACUAGCAGUAAGCAUCUUGACUAUGAUCAGGCGGAACGUAACGAAGAUACACUCGAGAGGAUGGCGCGUAGCAGAAAAAAGAAUCAGAGAAAAAAACUGAAAAGGAAACGACUAAAAGGAGGAGAUACAAUAAAUUGGAACAGAAAGGGUCUAAAGGAUAAAAUUGAAAUAUCAAGUAUGGAUAUCAAAACAAAGCUUGUUGAAUAUGCGAAGGAAGUUACCAACAGCCAUCCUACAGCGACACCAAAAGAGAUCACUUCUCUUCAUCUGACAACUUUAGCAGUAACACAGAAACCAACUAAUGAGGGCGCAACUUCCACUACACCAGCUUACAUAGCACCCACCAAAUACAUUUACGGUGACACAAACUGCUCGCCAAACCCUUGGAGGCCAGUUCUGUUUGAACUUUUUAAGGAAUGGGUUAAAAUGGCAGCAAAACAUAAGAUUGAGUAUAUAUUGUAUGCUGGAACCCAGCUAGGCCAGCUACGCAACCAAGACAUUAUUCCAUAUGACUCAGACAUGGAUCUCCUUAUGGAUGUUAACUUUUUUCCUAAGAUGAAAGAAAUUGCUGUCAAACGGGACUUUAACAAUACUGAUGGUAAAAUGCGCUUGGUGAUUCAGCCAGAGUUUGAUCUGGAUAUUCCUUCCACAUCAAGAAAGCGUUACAAGUGUGAUGGUGGGGUCACCCCAUCCAUGGUUGACCAAUGCUCAUUCCAAGAGCCUCUAGGACGCCUUAUUAAAGGGGAGGGACACAUUGAUUUCUACCAUUUCUAUGACCGUGGUAAAACUAUUGAUGACCCUUCAGAGGAGGACGACAAAGUGUACCAAAAGACAGAUCUCUAUCCUCUUAGAACUUGCAUGUUUAUGGGAGUAAACUCUACCUGCCCAAACCACCCAUUUGAGUUACUAAAGGCCUACUUCCACCAUGACAGGUUUAUGGAGCCAGAUAGGAAGUGUAAGGGAGGGGAGUGGGUCAGAUCUUAGCAAGUUUGAUAUUUUCUAUUAAAUUAUUAGGAAAAGAAACUAUUUUUAUGUCAAUUCCAAGUAUCAUAGCACAACUAUGAACAUGGUAUAUACUUUCUAUAUAUAUAAAAAAGACAUUGUGCUUCAAAAGAUAUAUGAAAAUAUGGAAAUUCACAUUUAGAUUAUAGCAAUUGAAAUGUUGCCUGAUAAAGCAUGCCUUUGCACCAACUGAAGGGGAGCACUUUUAAUGUUCACCCAUUUCUGAAAAUAAAUUACAUAAUAUAUAAUAAUUAUAUAGUUACUUUGAUCAGGGAGCUUGUUUAAGCAAAGAUCAAUAUUAGAAUUGUUAUAUUAGUAUUAUUAUAAUACAUUUAACUGUUAGAUAUUGGCCUGAGAAGAAAAAAUUAAAAAAGGAAAUGAUAAAUAUAUUACUUAAAUCUGAUCAUUAUAUUUCGUUUGAUCCAGCUCCAAGCUUUGAUUAUAGAGUUAACCCAUUAUGAAAAUGUAUAUUACUGCAUAUUACUGUAUAUUAUGAAAAUUUAUAUUAGGAUUGCUAUAUUAGUAUUAUCAUAUUAGCUGUAAGAGACUGGCCUGGAAAAAAUAUUAAAAAAGAAAUGAAUCAUGAAA